AUGGUAGCAACCGUUUAUGGCAGUAGGGAGAUGCAUGGAAGUAAAGAAUUGUGGGAUUUCCUAGAUGGGCUUUUGAAGUUAGAAGUUCCCGCAGUGGUAGGAGGAGACUUCAACUGUUCAAAGUAUACUUGGUGUAAUAAAAAGAGUGGCAGUGGCCGUAUCUUGGAGAGGCUGGAUAGAUGUAUGUUGAACUCAAAAGCCUUGGAAUUGAUUAGUCAAGCAGCUAUGAGGCAUUUGAGUAGAAUUGCGUCAGACCAUUAUCCCAUUGUAUUGAAGAUGUUUUUUCAACAAAAUCAUAGAACCAGAAUUCAAAAAUUUGAAGAUUUCUGGUUGUCUUAUUCUGCUACAGCCACGGUGGUCAAAAAUUCAUGGGCAAAACCAGUGAAAGGUGAUGACAUGGAAGCUUUGAACAAGAAACUAACAAGGGUUCUUAAAGCCUUAUUUUUUUGGAGCAAGGCAAAGCACCAAGAACUGGAGGAAUUGAAGGAAAAUUUGAAGAUUGAAAUUGAAAAACUGCAGCAGGAAGAGGCUCUGGAUCAGAAUGUUUUGGAUAGAAAUGUUCUGUUACUCAGGUCCAAAGUUCAAGAAUUCAACUGUACUUUAGCACAAUUAAAUACAUGGUGGAGACAAAGGGCUAAGGCCAAAUGGUUGAAGGAAGGGGAUUGA